GAGCCGUAGGCCGGGCGGAAGGGUCAGCGAGCCUGGGCCGGUGGGCACCACACCUGCGCGGGCGGAGGCCGGCGGGAAGGUGCGCACGCGCGCUGCCUGCGGGAGGGCGGUGGCUCCGGGGACGCUGAGCAGCGCAAGCCGCGGGCUGGGCGCACUGGGUGGCGGUGGCGUAAUCUCGCAGCCUCUCAGCCUCUCCUUCCCUCCGCCUCAGUUUGGGGCGGGUCGGAAGAAUGGCUUCGGACAUAGAGUCGUCGCUGGAGGCGAGCUUCUCAUCCAGCGGUGCAGUGUCAGGGGGCUCAGGGUUUCUGCCACCGGCUCGCUCCCGCAUCUUCAAGAUAAUCGUGAUUGGCGACUCCAAUGUGGGCAAGACGUGCCUGACCUACCGCUUCUGCGCCGGCCGCUUCCCCGACCGCACCGAGGCUACGAUCGGGGUGGAUUUCCGAGAACGAGCGGUGGAGAUUGAUGGGGAGCGUAUCAAGAUCCAGUUAUGGGACACAGCGGGACAAGAACGAUUCAGAAAAAGCAUGGUCCAGCACUACUAUAGAAACGUGCAUGCUGUUGUCUUCGUGUAUGAUAUGACCAACAUGGCGAGUUUUCACAGCCUGCCAUCUUGGAUAGAAGAAUGCAAACAGCAUUUGCUAGCCACCGAUAUACCACGGAUUCUUGUUGGAAAUAAAUGUGAUUUGAGAAGUGCCAUUCAGGUACCCACAGACUUGGCACAAAAAUUUGCUGACACACACAGUAUGCCUUUGUUUGAAACCUCUGCUAAAAACCCCAAUGAUAAUGACCAUGUGGAAGCUAUAUUUAUGACCUUGGCUCAUAAGCUUAAGAGCCACAAACCAUUAAUGCUUAGUCAACCCCCUGAUAACGGAAUUACCCUGAAGCCUGAACCAAAGCCUGCAAUGACAUGCUGGUGCUAAAUCACAGUCUUUAUUACAGUAUCUAAUAUUGACUAAAGAAAUACUUCUGAAGUAUGACAGUGAUAAGUCAUAGAAUUUAAUCUCAGAUACAAUGGAUCAUCCUGACACGUUACUGUUUAUCAUCGUCAUGCUUAUUUUUGUAUUUGUGUCUACUUAAUCAAGUUUGUCACUGUGACACCACAAGGAAAAAGUUUUCAGGUGAGGUUGAAAUGAAGCAAUAUUAGGAUGAAUCAGAACAUCUUUGCAUUGAGAGCGCAAGGAGGAGGCUUCAUAUGAGAGCAUAAUGGGAUUUUAAGAGUUAGUGAUUAUUUAAUCCUGUGUUCCUGAAAUUGAAAAAAUAUAUUAAGGGUUUAGGGCGCUUACUGGUAUGUCCUCUGAAUGGGAAGUGUUCUCAGUAGGAUAAAACUGGUAUUUGCCCCUCCCUAGAGUUCUUUGUAUUGUUAGUAUAUUAAUUGCAUUAUUAUUGGUACAUUUUAAGAGCUAAGACUUCAGAUCUGGUGGAAGAAGACCUAGAAUGUUUUCUGGUUCUCAGCCCAGAAAGAAUGACUUUCCCAACAGUUCUAGAUGUUUGAUCUUUGUAAACAGUGUCAAUCAGGUCUGUAAAAAUAUCAUUGUCAUUUUUAAAAAGAGUAAUUCUAUAAAAUAUGCAGAAGUAAAUCAGAUUUUAAUGCAAAUGAAAUGACAUAAUAAGGUGCUUUAUACUUUACUUUGAUAUAUUUAAAUAGUAAAAAACUAAUUGAAAGAUUUGAGAAGUUAUAGUUUAGGGGAAAUAAGUAAA